AUGAUUCUACGAUUCAAUCGUGCAUGUGACGCAGCGCCUUCUUGGACGAUGCCUCUAAGGGAAAUUAUCACCGGACAGGAGGUCAAACGGCCAACUGUUUCUGACGACAUCGCCUUUUACGCUUUGGUUGGUGGCGAAAAAACAAUCACCUGUUCUCAAUUAUUGUCUGGUAAACUGGACAAUGCAAUCGACUGGUACCCGAAGUGGUUGGAGACCCAGUUCGAGGCUAUUCCACCAUGGAUCACAGAUUGUGUACAAUCACUGCCCGAAAUAUUCAAGGAAGUCGCGCUUCAAACGGCCCCGGGGACCAGCAUUGAUGACCUGGCUUCGCAUUUACUGAGAUGGGACCUAGUAAAGUCCGGAAAGGAUCAAGAUGAGAGACUCAUUGCAAGAUCGAUUGCAUUCGCCAUUUUGGGAUGGCAAACUAUGCUCUUCCAGCCGGCUUUGGGGACCUGCCCAUUGCAGCUAAUGGCGCUCGCCGAUGUGAUGGACGGAUACACUGGCCAGGCCUUCAUGAAAUUCAAGCAGGACCAUUCUACGGUUAAACGUCCGCUCUCUGAUUUUCUCUUGGGAUUCGGGCUCAUGCUUCCUAAAGAAAAUAUAUGUGUCAGUGAAGAUACUGAGGACCUACAAGCAUACGAAAAGAUCGAUAUCGUCAGGCCAGAAGAGAUCAACGUGUCUCUUCUCCACCGCUUUGCGAGGAUUGAUGUCGAAUGGGUUGAUGUGAUGGCACCCCACCUUGAAUUCGACAAAGCGACGAACAAACUGUACAUAUUUCGGCACCCAUCCUUUUGCAUGGCGAAUUUAUCACUGUUGGAAGAAUCUGGCAUGCGCAGCAUGAUAUACAAUUGCGCUACCCAAGACGAUGACAAUUCCCAAUGGGCAUCUGAAGUUGAGAUAUCACAGUUUCUUCAUGAAAUUCUCCUUUCUUACCGCCUGUUGUUUGGGCAAGACAAGGAGUCUAGGAGGGGGUUCAAAGAGAUGAUAAACAGCGCAGAUGACAUAAUACUACAACAGUUAUGCUCUAAUAAGGAUCAUCAAUUUCCAGAGCUUUUCAAGGAGCGGGACUUCUAUCGGCUCAAACGAGACUUCCCGAUUUUGCGCAGUCGGCUAGCUACUCUCAGCCACCAAAUGUCUAAUAUGAAGCCGCGAGAUUGGAAACAGCUGUGGAAAGACAAGAGAGACUCUGCAAGUUGGCUCACGUUCUGGGCAGUUAUCGUUAUUGGGGGUGCUGGGCUUCUAUUGGCACUUAUACAGGUUUUGCUGCAAGCUGUUCAGCUCGCGCAUCCAUGAUGGGUCAACGAUACCAGCAGAGUGUUGCAGUAACAGUACGACUGUACAAGUGUUAGAUUUCUUCCAAUAUCAGGG